AUGCUUUUUGUGGAUUACAGCUCUGCCUUUAACACAAUCAUCCCCAACAUCCUGAUCAACAAACUGCUGACCCUCGGACUCCCCUCACCCACCUGCAGCUGGAUAAAAGACUUUUUGACAAACCAUCCACAGACUGUUCGAAUUGGCCCCCACCUCUCUUCCACCAUCACACUCAGCACCGGCUCACCUCAGGGCUUGCCUGAGCAGAGGAUUGUGCUGCUGGGUAAAACUGGUCCAGGAAAGAGUGCAUCAGCCAACACCAUCCUGGGGAAGACAAUAUUUACAGAGGAAGUCUCAUUUGAAUCUGUAACUCAAACUUGUGAUAUACAGCAUGCUGAGGUGGCUGGUAGACACAUUACUGUGAUUGAUACACCAGGGUUGUUUGAUACAGGAAGGUCAAUAGAACAGCUGAAAAGUGAACUAGAGAAAUGUGUUCAGUUGUCUCGUCCUGGGCCUCAUGCCUUUCUGCUGGUGAUCAGGCUAGAUGCAAGAUUCACAGAAGAGGAGGGGAACGCAGUGAAGUGGAUCCAGGAGAACUUCGGUGAGAGGGCGUUAAAGUACACCAUAGUGCUCUUCACUCAUGGAGAUGUGCUGGGGAGAAAACCAGUGGAGGGCUAUCUGCAGAAAAGUGGUUUGCUAUCUUCACUUAUUGAGAGGUUUGGAGGUAGAUAUCAUGUCUUCAACAAUAGGAAGAAAAGAGAUCGUACUCAGGUCCUGGAGCUACUGGAGAAGAUAGACGUCAUGGUGGAGGAGAAUGGUGGAGGACACUACACUAGUAAGAUGUACCAGGAUGCUCAGGGAGAGAUAAGAGAAAAAAAGGAGAGGCAAAAACGAGAGCGUGCAGAGAGAGCACAAAGGAGACAAGAGGUUAAAGACCAGGCUACCAGGCAAAGGAUGGCCACCCUAGGACGCAUCGUGGGGGCCACUGUAGCCACAGGUGGGAUAGUAGCUGCAGGAGUAGUGGGAGGAGUGGGAGGAGCCGCAGCAGCUUUUGGAGGAGCCAUGGGAGCAGCUAUGGGAGGGGCUAAUGCCCUUGGGGCCUUGUUCAACAAGGUACUUGGAGGAGGAGGCACACAAGUAGAUGUUCAGGAGACAGAUGAGGAAGAAUCAGAGGAAGACGACAGUUAA